AUGAUCCAAAGUUUGGGCGCAAGAGCCGAUGGAUUUCCCAAUUUAUUUGUCCGAACACCUACGUUGCAGGGACUUGAUCCACAUCCUGAGCUCCCCACCCCUGCUCAUACAGCUAUUCGAGUAGCGGAAUCACCGAUGUCUUUUGCUCCUCGCUCGCCAAGGGAGAAUGCUUUCGGAGAGACGGGAGGCUUCGAUGCACUUUUUGAGGAAAUGGUCACUUCUAUGCCAUCAAACAGGCAACAACCUACCUUCGCUCAAAACCUAGGAUUCUACGCAGGAGACCUGGACAAAGAUUUUCUGGAGCAGCUUCAACAGCCAGCAACUACCUGA